UGUAAGGUUCGGAAAUAAACGGGGGUCAUUUGGACUGUUCGUUUUUGGAGUACCUUGUCAACGCCAAACCCUAACUUUCCAAAUCCAAAGCUCCCCUGAACACAGACUUCUUCCCGUUAUCUGGCCCUCCACCCUAACCCAAGAUGUCCAAGAAGGCCCCAAGUGAGGAUGAGAAGUUCCUCUUUGUUGACAAAGACUUGCUGAACAGCCCAAUGGUACAGGCCGACUGGACGGCCAAAAAGCUGGUGUGGGUCCCAUCAGAGAAGCAUGGCUUUGAGGCAGCUAGUGUCAAGGAGGAGCGCGGCGAUGAGGUGCUGGUGGAGUUGGCUGACAAUGGCAAGAAGGUGACUGUCAACAAGGAUGACAUCCAGAAGAUGAACCCGCCCAAGUUCAGCAAGGUGGAGGACAUGGCCGAGCUCACCUGCCUGAAUGAGGCCUCUGUGCUGCACAACCUCCGCGAGAGGUACUACUCUGGCCUUAUUUAUACUUACUCCGGCCUGUUCUGCGUGGUGGUGAACCCCUAUAAGAUGCUGCCAAUCUACUCAGAGAAGAUCAUUGACAUGUACAAAGGGAAGAAACGACAUGAAGUUCCUCCUCAUAUCUACUCCAUCACCGACAAUGCCUACAGAAACAUGAUGCAAGACCGUGAGGACCAGUCCAUUCUCUGCACCGGGGAAUCUGGUGCUGGGAAAACAGAGAACACCAAAAAGGUCAUCCAGUAUCUGGCUGUUGUGGCCUCCUCACACAAAGGCAAGAAGGACAGCAGUACUCCACAGUCAGGAUCACAGUUUGCCUACGGGGAGCUGGAGAAGCAGCUCCUGCAGGCCAAUCCCAUCCUGGAAGCCUUCGGAAAUGCCAAAACCAUCAAAAAUGACAACUCCUCCAGAUUUGGUAAAUUCAUCCGUAUCAACUUUGAUGUGACUGGCUACAUUGUUGGAGCCAAUAUUGAGACCUACCUGCUGGAGAAGUCUCGCUGUAUCAGACAGGCAAAGACAGAACGAGCUUUUCACAUCUUCUACUAUAUGAUUGCCGGCGCCAAGGACAAACUGCGCGAGGAGCUUCUUCUAGAGCCCUUCAGUAAUUACCGCUUCCUGAGCUGUGGCCACGUUCAGAUCCCCGGGCAGCAAGAUGAUGAGAUGUAUGAAGAGACAAUGGAGGCCAUGAGGAUCAUGGGCUUCACCGAUGAAGAGAGAAUUGAUAUCUUGAAGGUGUGCUCCACAGUCAUGCAGCUGGGAAACAUUGGGUUCAAGAAAGAAAGGAACCAGGAGCAGGCCACUAUGCCAGACAACACCGCGGCUCAGAAGGUGUGCCACCUGCAGGGCAUCAAUGUGACAGACUUUACCCGUGCCAUCCUCACCCCCAGAAUCAAAGUGGGCAGAGAGGUGGUGCAGAAGGCACAGACCAAAGAGCAGGCUGACUUUGCUGUUGAAGCUCUGGCUAAGGCCAUUUUUGAGCGACUGUUCCGCUGGAUCCUGUCCCGAGUCAACAAAGCUCUGGACAAGACCAAACGCCAGGGAGCCUCCUUCCUUGGAAUCCUUGACAUUGCUGGCUUUGAGAUCUUUGAGGACAACUCCUUUGAGCAGCUGUGCAUCAACUAUACCAAUGAAAAGCUACAGCAGCUCUUCAACCAUACCAUGUUCAUCCUGGAGCAGGAGGAGUAUCAGAGGGAGGGCAUCGAGUGGAACUUCAUCGACUUUGGCCUUGACCUGCAGCCCUGCAUUGAGCUCAUUGAGAGGCCGAACAACCCCCCAGGUAUCCUGGCCCUGCUCGAUGAAGAGUGCUGGUUCCCCAAAGCCACGGAUGUCUCCUUUGUGGAGAAACUCUUGAACACACAAGGGAACCAUGUGAAAUUUGCCAAGCCUAAACAGCUCAAAGACAAGACAGAGUUUUCUAUUCUUCAUUAUGCUGGGAAGGUGGACUAUAAUGCUACAGCCUGGUUGACAAAGAACAUGGACCCUCUAAAUGACAACGUCACAACGCUGCUUAGCAACUCCUCCAGCCAGUUUGUGCAAGAACUCUGGAAAGAUGCGGACAGAGUAGUGGGUCUUGAUACAAUAGCCAAGAUGACGGACAGCUCCAUGCCAAGCGCCUCAAAGACCAAGAAGGGCAUGUUCCGUACUGUGGGACAGCUCUAUAAGGAGUCUUUGGCCAAACUCAUGACCACACUAAACAACACUCAGCCCAACUUCGUCAGGUGCAUCAUCCCCAACCACGAGAAGAGGGCAGGGAAGCUGGAUGCUCACCUUGUCUUGGAGCAGCUGAGGUGUAAUGGUGUGUUGGAGGGAAUCCGAAUCUGUCGACAAGGAUUCCCCAACCGAAUUGUCUUCCAGGAGUUCCGCCAGCGCUAUGAGAUCUUGGCUCCUAAUGCUAUUCCCAAAGGUUUCAUGGAUGGUAAACAAGCCUGCUGCCUCAUGAUCAAGCAUUUGGACUUGGAUCCCAACCUGUACAGGAUCGGACAGAGCAAGAUCUUUUUCCGCACAGGAGUGUUGGCCCAGCUGGAGGAGGAGAGAGAUCUGAAGAUCACUGUGAUCAUCAUCGCUUUCCAAGCUCAGGCUAGAGGCUUCCUGGCCAGAAAGGCCUUUGCCAAGAGGCAACAACAGCUCACAGCCAUGAAAGUAAUCCAAAGGAAUUGUGCUGCCUACCUCAAACUAAGGAACUGGCAGUGGUGGAGGCUCUUCACAAAGGUCAAGCCUCUACUGCAAGUGACCCGACAGGAGGAGGAGAUGAGUCUGAAGGAGGAAGAGCUGCAGAAAGCAAAAGAAACAGCUUCAAAGUUUGAAUCUGAGCUGAAGGAGAUCUUCCUGAAACACACAUCGGUUUUGGAGGAGAGGAACGCACUGCAGGAGCAGCUUCAGGCGGAGACAGAGCUGUAUGCUGAGGCUGAGGAGAUGAGAGUUCGUCUUGCAGCUAAGAAGCAGGAGUUGGAGGAGAUCCUUCAUGAGAUGGAGGCCAGGCUGGAUGAGGAGGAAGAACGCGCUCAGGCGCUGCUAGUGGAGAAGAAGAAGAUGCAACAGCAGAUGCAGGAAUUAGAAGAACAUUUAGAAGAGGAAGAGGAUGCUCGUCAAAAGCUGCAGCUGGAGAAGGUUACCUGUGAGGGAAAAAUCAAAAAGCUGGAGGAUGACAUCCUGAUAAUGGAGGACCAGAACAACAAGCUGCUGAAGGAGAGGAAGCUGCUGGAGGAGAGAGUUGCAGACUUCAGUGCCAACCUAGCUGAGGAAGAGGAGAAAUCGAAGAACCUCACUAAGCUCAAAAAUAAACAUGAAUCCAUGAUCUCAGAAUUAGAGGUCCGCUUGAAAAAAGAAGAAAAGACUCGACAGGAGCUGGACAAGGCUAAGCGCAAAUUGGAGGCAGAGUCAAAUGACUUACAAGAGCAGAUAGCUGACCUGCAGGCUCAGAUCGCUGACCUCAAAGCUCAGCUCGCCAAGAAGGAGGAGGAGUUACAGAAUGCUUUGGCCAGGUUAGAAGAUGAGACAGGCCAGAAGAACAAUGCUCUGAAGAAGAUCAGAGAACUGGAGGGGCAUAUCUCUGAUCUGCAAGAGGACCUCGACUCUGAGCGGGCAGCAAGGAACAAGGCAGAGAAGAUCAAACGGGACCUUGGGGAGGAGCUUGAAGCCCUCAAGUCUGAGUUAGAGGACACACUGGACACCACUGCCACACAGCAAGAACUGAGAGCCAAACGUGAACAGGAGGUGACCCUACUGAAGAGAGCCAUUGAGGAGGAGAACCGGACCCAUGAGGCCCAGGUCCAGGAGAUGAGACAGAAACACACCCAGGCUGUGGAAGAGCUCACAGAGCAGCUGGAGCAGUCCAAACGAGUGAAGACAAACCUGGAGAAGGCAAAACAAGCUCUGGAGAAGGAGACAUCAGAAUUAACCAUAGAGGUGCGCACACUAGCACAAGCCAAACAAGACGGGGAGAACAAGAGGAAGAAAUUGGAAGUUCAGGUGGCAGAUCUUCAGUCCCGCUUCAACGACAGUGAGAAACAGAAGGCUGAGCUGGGAGAACGCUGCUCCAAGAUCACAGUUGAACUGGAGAGUGUGACAAACCUACUGAAUGAAGCAGAAGGCAAGAACAUCAAACUGACCAAAGAUCUUACCAGUCUUACCUCCCAACUCCAAGACACACAGGAGCUGUUGGCUGAGGAGACACGUCAGAAACUGCAGUUCUCUACGAAGCUCCGGCAAGCAGAAGACGACAAGAACAGCUUGCAGGAGCAGCUUGACGAUGAGGUGGAGGCUAAGAGGAAUCUGGAGAGACAUGUGUCUACCCUCAACAUUCAGCUGUCAGAUGCAAAGAAGAAACUAGAGGAAAUGACAGGAAACAUCGAGCUGCUGGAAGAAGGCAAGAAACGUCUUCAGAGAGAUCUAGAGGCAGCUAAUACCCAGUAUGAAGAGAAGGCUUCAGCGUAUGACAAGCUGGAGAAGACCAAAAACCGUCUGCAGCAGGAACUGGAGGACACGCUGAUGGACCUGGACAACCAGAGACAGAAUGUGUCAAACCUGGAGAAGAAGCAGAAGAAAUUUGACCAAAUGCUGGCUGAAGAGAAGACUAUCUCCAGUAAAUAUGCAGAGGAGAGAGACCGCGCUGAAGCUGAGGCCAGAGAGAAGGAGACCAAAGCUUUGUCUCUUGCGAGAGCUCUGGACGAGGCCCAAGAUGCCAGAGAGGAGCUGGAGAGAGCCAACAAAGCCCUGAGGGCAGAAAUGGAGGACCUGAUCAGCUCCAAGGAUGAUGUGGGAAAAAAUGUCCAUGAGUUGGAGAAGUCCAAACGAGGCCUGGAAGCCCAGGUGGAGGAGAUGAAGACCCAGCUGGAGGAGCUGGAGGACGAGCUGCAGGCGGCUGAGGAUGGCAAGCUGCGUCUGGAGGUCAACAUGCAGGCCCUGAAGGCCCAGUUCGAGAGGGACCUCCAGGGACGCGAUGAGAUGGGAGAGGAGAAGAAGAGGCAGCUUGUCAAGCAGGUCCGUGAGUUGGAGACAGAGUUGGAGGAUGAACGUAAACAGAAGGUCCUGGUAGCAGCAGCCAAGAAGAAGCUGGAGACGGACAUGAAAGACCUGGAGGGACAGAUUGAGACGGCCAAUAAGGGACGAGAUGAGGCAAUCAAGCAGCUCCGCAAGCUACAAGCCCAGAUGAAGGACUUCCAGAGGGAGUUGGAAGAUGCCCGCGCUGCCCGAGAGGAGGUGCUGGCUACCGCAAAGGAAAGUGAGAAGAAGGCCAAAAAUCUGGAGGCUGAGCUCAUGCAGCUACAGGAGGACCUCGCUGCGGCUGAGAGGGCAAAGAAGCAGGCAGAAGCUGAAAGAGACGAGCUGUCUGAUGAGCUGGCCAGCAACACCUCUGGAAAGUCAGCCUUGGCAGAUGAAAAACGCCGUCUGGAAGCUAAGAUUGCCCAGCUAGAGGAGGAGCUGGAGGAGGAGCAGAGCAACAUGGAGAUCCUCAACGACAGGCUGAGGAAGAGUACACAGCAGGUGGACCAGCUAAACAACGAGCUGCAGACGGAGCGCACUGCCGCCCAGAAGAACGAGAGUGCUCGGCAGCAGAUGGAACGCCAGAACAAGGAGCUAAAGGCCAAGCUCCAGGACAUGGAGAACCAGGUCAAAUCCAAGUUCAAGUCCUCCAUUACUGCCUUGGAGGCUAAAGUGGCACAGCUGGAGGAGCAACUAGAGCAGGAGAACAGGGAGAAGCAGGUAUCUGCCAAGAGUAUGCGCCAGAAGGACAAGAAGCUCAAGGACCUGGUGAUACAGGUGGAAGAUGAAAGGAAACAGGCUGAGCAGUACAAAGAUCAGGCGGAAAAGGCAAAUGCUCGCAUGAAGCAGCUGAAACGGCAGCUGGAGGAGGCAGAGGAGGAGUCUCAGCGUGCUACAGCCGCCCGCAGGAAACUGCAGCGGGAGCUGGAUGAAGCCACUGAGGCCAAUGACACCAUGAGCCGCGAAGUCAACUCUCUCAAGAGCAAACUCAGGCGUGGAAAUGAGCCCUCCUUUGGCAUUGGCAGCACACCUCGGCGUAUAGGUGGAGGCCGAAGGGUGGUUGACGACGCCUCAGAGGAGGAGGUCGACUCCCAGGGCGACUUCAAUGGAACAAAGUCAGUGGAGUAAGGGAUGUCAAAUAACCAAAUUACUUUCCAGGGCUAAAGAAUCACUUCGGAAGCCUGUCAUGCUAUCUAGUUCUUCCAUAUCACUGCAAAAAUAUAUAUUUUCUACCAUUUCCAUUAGUGUACAGCUGUACCUUUUCUUGACACAAAACAGUCAGAAGGGCCUGAUAUCAACCAGAAGAAUUGUUUUAGUGGCUCUGCUGUGUGUUGCCUUUUUUUCUUUUUAACAUGGUUUUGUACUGCUCGGAAUGACUGGUACUCUCUUAUGGAAGGUUUUGUGCACAAAAAUAAGUGCCUCUAAUUACCACACUAACCUGCCAGCAAAGGCUCAAGUCUCCACAAUAAGUCACCUUGAACUCAAAUCAGAGACGCUGUGUAAAUCUGCAGAUCUGUGGCUAUUAUCAGUGACUGUCGUUCUGCUGUCUGACUGCUGUUAGUGUUUCAGAGCAAUGCUGAAGUGGUUUGUCAGAUUGGAUCUGUAGACAGAUGUCUAUACUCAGUCUGCCUCCAAUCAGUGCUGCCGUUUGUACGAACAAAUAUUUAGCUGUUAAACAUUUUCUAAAGCCACCAAUUUAUAUUCUUUGCAAAUUUAUUGUGCCCAGAAAUGUUUACAUAACAUUUAUUACAGGAAUAACUUAAUGUUUAAGGGUAAACACAGUUUGGGGUUACACCAACUACAAAAUAAUUUUCAACAUUUUUACUGUAAAUUUAAAAAGUCCCUGCUCACCCUAAACAAACCAUUCUCAUUUCAUAAUGUUAUGUAAUCCGCUGAAGUUUAUGUGACACCAUUCAUAUGUAUUAGUUGUUGAACCACCUGCACAAUAAAUAAAUAUCUUUAAAAAAGCUUUGAUUUUCUCUUUUUAUUGUUUCUGUCAUGGUCAGUGACUAACACAACAGAACAAUAUUCUCAUCUGUUCAGUUUAGUAAAAAAAA